AUGGAUGUCGAUAGUGGCGAAGCUACCUUGGGGCCAUGUACAAUAUACUUUCCUGGUGCAGGUAAAGUUGUCAGCUGUGGGGCCACAUAUCUGGACGACUUCAAUGAUGAUCGAUUCUCUGAGGAGAGAAAGGAAAAUCUCUACUAUCCGUUCUCAUCUAGACCUGAGUGGGAGAUGGCAAGCUUUUUGCUCAAUUCAUCCCUUUCUAUGCAAGAAAUCGAUAAUUAUCUUCAGCUCGAGCUUACAAAACAGAAUAAUCUAUCAUUCAAGACAGCACAAAGACUGCAUGAAAUUACCGACCUUCUUCCUCCUGUUCCAAAGUGGCGAGCGAGAGUUAUGAAAACCCCUCCACUCUAUCCUUCCAGAACUCCUGUGGUCCUCUAUUAUAGAAACGCUGUUGAAGUUCUUCAGGACUUGAUGAAGAGUCCUUUAAUAUGUGACUCCCUCAAUUUCGCUCCCCUGCAAAUAUUUGAGGAUUCCAGAAAAUUAGUCCGUGUUUAUGAUUCCUGGCUAUCAGGAAAUAGAGCUUGGCAAAUGCAGAGCCAGCUUCCAGAAGGAGCGACUCUGUUAGGCACCAUCCUAUCGUCUGACAAAACAACGGUCUCUGUCAUUACUGGAAAUCGUGUAGCUCAUCCCUUGUUGAUAUCGUUGGCAAAUAUAGAUAGCGAUCUAUUGUCGAAAGCUUCUCUAUAUUUGUUUAAUCUUCUCGCACUUCUCCCUGUUCCAAAAUAUAUCGAAAGAAAAACCUCCGUGCGUGGCGUACUUGAAAACCGGCUAUAUCAUGAAUGCUUGGAUAUCGUCCUGGAACCACUCAAAACUGCUGCUAGUAUCGGCUGCUUGAUGAGCGAUCCUGUAGGGCAAGUCAGGGUUUGCUACACUCCCUUGGCUACUCGGAACAUUUUUCCUCAGGAUCUUCCCGCAUAUCAAAGAGCUUCAGUGAUUGCACGGACCAAUGGUGUUGUUUCCCCUUUUUGGAGAGACUGGCCUCUUGCAGAGCCAUGCGAAUUUCUCACUCCUGAACCUCUACACCACUGGCACAAAAUGUUUUGGGACCAUGACGCAAAAUGGGCUAUACAAGCUGUCGGAGCUAGUCAUAUUGAUUUUAGAUUCUCGAUACAUCAGCCAAUUGUUGGUUAUCGCAGCUUCAAAGAGGGUAUCUCAAGUUUGAAGCAGGUGACUGGUAGAGCGCAGAGAGAUGUUCAAAGAUACCUCAUUCCCCUCAUCUCUGGUGCUGUUAUACCAAAAUUCGUCGCUGCUCUCAGGGCGCUAAUGGAUUUUCGCUAUGCUGGACAGGCACCAAGAUUCAACCAAGCUUCGACUCUUAGAGUUCAAACUGCACUCAAUGAGUUUCACGAAAAUAAGGACAUUAUUCAGGACCUGAAAGCUCGUGUUAAUCCCAAAGGAGUUCCUAUCGUCCACUGGGAAAUCCCAAAAUUGGAAUUCAUGCAAAGUGUUGCGCCCAGCAUUUCUGCCUCUGGACCCAUAAUGCAGUGGACAGCAGACACUACUGAGCAUGCUCAUAUUACUCUCGUGAAGGAUCCUGCUAGAUCUGGAAAUAAUCAUGACUUCGAAGUCCAGAUAUGCAGACACUUAGAUCGCCAAAGUAGAGUCAGGAGGUUUGAUCUGGUGACAGCCAUGGUAGACGCUGGAGUUGACUUCCGUCUCGAUGAUAUUGAGGGUGAUGAGGGUAGAGGUGAUAUAGGACAUGAUAGAGAAGAAAGAGAUGAAAGAGACGAAGAAGACAAAGAGGUUGACGCCAAGAUAUCAUCCUCAGAAGAACUGAUGACCCGCCUUCACCCAGUAUCCCAAAAGCUGUUUGGCUCAUUCCGUCCCAAACAGAACUUCUUUUUGAAGGCGCGUCUGUUGAAGCAGGAUGCCUCAGCUCUUCUACCUCUUCGUAUCUUUACAGAUAAUAUCUCUGGAGAAAUCUCAGCAUUUAAGGUUAAUCGUGAUCCUGACCUCAAAACGCUAACAAUAGAGCAAGUCAGUAACCUCUAUUCUCUUCCCGACUUCUCUGGGGCUUGUCUCGAUUUCCUGGAACGGAUUCAAGCAAAAACACAGACUUUUGUUAUAGGGGGCAGACGAUCCUUGAAUCAGUCGAUUUCAUUACCCUUUACAAGAGUGAAAGUUUGGUCUAGGAUCCGUAUCCAAACAAAGACUUACUUCAACACUGAUUUACUUGCGGAUUCCCAUACUAUAUUUGCGGCCCCUCCUAGCCCUGGCUGGGAAUUUGGACGACAAAAUGCUGCACUUGUUAAUAUCAAUUCAAGCUUUGAAUGGCCAAGGAGUUCUUUGGAAGGACACUGUGUUGUUUUGGUGAAAAUAAUCUUUACCGUCGCUCAACCUAGAAAGCCCUCUCCACCCGUGGAUGGUACUCAUAGGUUUUUGGCUUACUGUGAACGGUUAGAUGUAGUAAAUCAGCCUCCUCCACCUCUUGAGUAUCGAAGUCUUCCUGGAUAUAACGCUUGGCCCUCACACUUUCCUGAUUAUUCCUCAGGAUGCUUUAUCCUUAAAAGAGCUAGAAGAGCCGAUGGCACUCCUUUUGGUGAUAUUAUACCUGUCUCUCAAUUCCGCUCUUUGGUGGAUAUUUGCCCUCGUUAUAGAAGUACUCCUCAUGCUUCUUUAACAAGAAGUUCAAGCCAAUACCAUAGCGACGAAUUUUUCUUGAAUAAAUAUUUCAACAAAGAACUCUUUUUUACUUUAGAUAAAGUCGAUCCUUGUCUUACCAGUACAGUAAAAUAG